UGGCUCAAGACGAAGUCCAAACACAGGUCGUUUAAUUUUUUCUCGCAGCUACAUUGCAAUGGCGUGUUUGAAAGCUGCGACAGCAUUGCUUCUGGUUUUCAUUGUGCAGGGGCGAAAAGCCAGUGAAGUUGUGAAAGUGCCUGGCUGGGAAGCAAAAGGAUUUCCUUUAUCUUUUGCGGUCAAGGCUGGUAGCAACGUCUAUGCUAGCGGAAUGCAGGGAAUGGACAUGAAGAAAAUGAAGCUUGUCGAAGGUGGUGUGAAAAAGGAGACAGAACAGAUUCUUCGGAAUUUGAAUGCUGUGCUUCUGGCGGGAAACAGCAGCUUGGAGCAGGUGACCCUGUGCAGUGUUUCUUUGGUAAACAUCACUAGAGAUUUCAAACAGAUGAACGAGGCUUACGCUUCGUUCUGGCCAAAGGAGCCUCCAGCCCGUGUUGCGGUGCAAGUUGCUGCCUUGGCGGGCAAUGCUUCAGUUGAAAUCCAAUGCAAUGCCGCUCUGAAUGGUGAAGCUCGAAAGGUUGUCACCGUACCAUCUUUCCCAGAUCUUUCAGCCAAGGGCUUCCCGCUGUCAUGGGCAACAACAGUAGGUGGCAUGGUCUACCUGAGUGGGACCCAGGGAAUGAACAUGUCCACGGGGAAGCUGGUUGCUGGAGGUGUGCAGGCUGAGACCACUCAGGCUUUGAAGAACCUUGAGAAGGUUCUUGAGGCAGCCAAUUCAGAUGCUGGACGGGUGGUUGCUUGUAGCGUGUCCUUGACAGAUAUGGCUGACUUUGGAGAGAUGAAUGAGGCGUACAAGGCAUUCUGGCCUAAGCAGCAUGGCCUGCCAUCAAGGGUUUGUGUUGAGGUGGCAGCACUGGCCGGGACGGGCAAGGUGGAGAUUCAAUGUACAGCUGCAACCACAGACAUGCCUCACGGUGAAAUUCCUAGCGUUGUCAAGGUACCUGGCUGGCCAGAGAGCGAAUUGCCAUUCUCCGCAGCGGUGAAGGUUGGUGGCAUCUCCUUUGUCAGCGGCAAUCAAGGCGUGGACAUGAAGACCUCAAAGUUGGUUUCUGGAGGUGCUGGUCCUGAGACCUCGCAAACUCUGAAGGACAUUAGGGAAGCUGUUGAAGCUUCAGGAACAAGCCUGGAUGAGGUCGUCGCUUGCGAGGUGUCGCUGGUUCAUAUGAAGGAUUUUGCUGCCAUGAACAAGGCCUACUCCUCCUUUUGGCCCUCGGAGCCCCCUAGCAGAGUGGCCGUUCAAGUUGGCGCGCUUGCAAGGGGUGCUUCAGUGGAGAUGCGCUGUUUGGCCGCUCUGCCAAGUUCCGUGGCCACCAACCCCACUCACUACGGAAACCCCAAGACGGGCUGCCAGUCUGACGAGCAAGCCAUCCGAGUGCAGGGUUUCUCUGGGGACUUUUGCAGUCCCAAGUGCAGCAUUAGCGGCACUUGCCCAACCGACGUGCCAACAGGGGACAAGGCCAGUCCGGAGUGUGCUUUGCACACCACUACUGGAGAGAAGUAUUGUGCAUUGAUUUGUGAGUCCAAUACGGACUGCGGUGCUUCUGGCACGUGUUCCCAAGGAAUGGGGAUUGGUUUGUGUACAUACCCAGUCACAAAUGCCUCAGCUACUACAGGCUUGCAUUUUCUUCCUGCUGAGGCUCAAAUAGUCGUCUAGGUUCAAAAGACAGAGCAAGCCCAGAAGUUCAGAAAAA